AUGAAUGAGGAAGACACAGAGAAGUCGCCAAAAGACCCUACGCACGCCACGACAAGGGCUGAAAAGGAGGGGAGAAAUGCAACACACUCGGAAGCUGACAUUGUUGACACAGUUGGCUAUGGAGAUCAGAUAAAUAAGAAAGACAGCUUUACUGCUAUUGUUGACUACAUUGACAAACAGUUUGAUGAUUACCUUCAAGAAGAGCUGAAGAUAAAACGUUGCCUCUCAGCCUACCAUGAUGCAAGAAUCCAUGCCUGUCUGUACUUCAUCUGUCCAACUGGUCAUGGUCUGAAAAGUAUUGAUUUGGUAUGCAUGAAGAAACUGGACUCAAAGGUGAAUGUGAUUCCAAUCAUUGCCAAGGCUGAUACCAUCUCUAAGGCUGAGCUGACAAAGUUUAAGCAACGCAUCAUCCAAGAGAUCAAAGCCAACAAUAUCCAGAUUUACCAGUUCCCAACAGAUGAUGAUACCAUGGCCAAGGUAUGCCUGUCUACUUUUGUGAUGAUUGCAUGGUUGUAUUUUGAGGAAUGAACAC